AUGAAAUCACCCUACAUAGUGGAGCUCUACGUCGUGACAGAUGAAAGAUUUGUAAGCUCCUUCUCGCAUGAUGUUGUACAAAUUGUGGCACGUGUCAACAAUAUAUUCCGGAUUGUAAAUACCCUAUUUGCUCAAUUCAAUGUGCGAUUCGUUGUGGUGGGCCUACAGAUUUGGGAAAAGAAUCGGGUGAAUCUCGAAGCAGAGGAGCAUUUAUUGAAAACACUUGCCAGCUUUAAGCGUACCGAUGUGGACGUCCGUCACGAUUGCCUGUUUGCCCUACUCGAAAAUUCCUGUUUUUACUGGAUCGCUUGCUCCUAUGAAUUAGGGACGCGCUUGGUGAUCUCCAAAAUAAAUGUUCUAUUUAAGUUCGGCGAUUGGAAAAUUGUUUGUCGCGACGAGAUCAUUUUCAUAGCAGGAUGCUAUCUUACUUUUCCCAAUAUUCAUCUGUUUUUCAGUGGUGACACUGACCAAACCUCGACUACCCGAGGACGAGCUAACAAAGAAGUCAUGUGCAAAUAUUCGUCAUGUGUCUCCUUUGUCCGGGAUUCACAGUACAUGGAGGUGCACGAAACGGCUCGAACAGCGGCCCACGAAUUAGGUCACAAUUUCGGCCUCAGGCAUGACACGGAAGAGUGUGAGUGCCAGGGCUGCAUCAUGGCUACUGGUGUUGAGUUUGGAACAACAACGAUGGAGUGGUCUCCCUGCUCCAUCCGUGAUAUGCCAAAUCUCCUUCAUUAUGGAAUGGGAGCGUGCCUUCAUGAUACACCCGUGAAUUCACAUUCCAGUAUUCUACCACGCCAAUCCAGAAGGCUUGAAGUCAAUGGGCCGAGUAUUGUUCAUGUCUACACCUCGAGUAAUUCUCGGCGAGGCACUCCCGAACUGCUCCAGGCGGCUCCGAGAGCAGUGAAGAACUCCCUCUGCGGAAACGGUAAACUCGAUCCCGGCGAAGAGUGCGACUGUGGAACUGUGGAUACAUGUCCCAAGGAUGUUCAGUUAUGCUGUGAUGUGAAAACGUGUCGUCUCCGUGAUGGAGCCGAGUGUGCGACCGGCUCCUGUUGUGAUAUUCAAUCUGUCUUCGGUGAUACUUCCCGGACCACGUGCAAGCUUAAGCAGAGGGGCUCAGUGUGUCGCGAGGCGGGCAACUCUUGCGAUCUUCCUGAAUACUGUGACGGGGUGUCAGAGUGGUGUCCCGCUGAUUUCUUUAAAACGGAUGGGGAAGCCUGUUAUACUAAAGAGGGAUACAAGUCGCACUGCAUCCGCGGGGGUUGCAAUGCCCCCGAUGAGUGGUGUCGUGUGCUCUGGGGCAACACGGCGACGGCAGCCGGCCCCGGCUGUGUUGAAUACAACCUACUGCGAAACCAAAACCAGGCCGUCGAUGAUGUCGCAAAUUGCGGGCGUCUUCGACCGCAAAGUGAUGAGCGCUGGAAGGAGAUGAGUCAAUGGCCCCGCAAAGCCUGUAAAGACUGGGCUGAUGCAGAAUGCGGUCGGCUGUGGUGCACACACAGGAAUGAGAAGGCGAUGCUGAUGGGCUGGCAAGAGCAAAAGCGGCGUGUCGACCCGCAUUCACAGAGGACGUGCGUCGCCUUGGUCUACGAUCCAGUUGAUCCUCUCCAACAGGACGCCAUCUCUCAGAAAACGGGCUACCCUAGUCCGGGCUGGGGCGAUGCUGCCUCCGUCACACAGGACGCCGGAAUGGUCCCAGACGGAACACCCUGCCAGAGAGGCAUGUGCUACAAUGGAACCUGCAUCGGGAAAGAUGACCUCCCAUUCCGGAAGACCUGCAAUUGCAAUUCCAACGGGGUGUGCAACAACAGGGGCAAUUGUCACUGCAACAUCGGCUACGCCCCACCAGACUGCACGCAAAGCGGCAACGGGGGGUCGAUUGAUAGUGGACCGCCGCCUCCCUCAUGGCACAAAUAUGGCUUCAUAUUCGCCUUGUGCUUCAUAGUAUUUAUUGUCAGCCCGGGCUUCCUGAUCUUUAUUUGCUGUCUGCUAUGCCAGUGCAAGAACAGAAGGCUCGUUUGCCCUCAAUCUGGUCCCCUUCCACCCCCAUCUUCUUACGGAGAACCAUUUGACUGUGCUGAUUUUGCCAAGUCCAUUGGGCGAUUUUGCCGAAAGUGCAGGCCUCAAUUUAACAACGACCCGCCGGUAAUCAUUGCCUUCGGGUCGCCGGGCCCCAAGGCAGUGAUCGAGAGAGGGCACUAUUUCACUGCUAACGGAAACGUCAAAAAGGGCCCCGGUGUUGCCACGCAAAACGGGGACUCCGUGAAAACUGCCCUCACAAAAGUGAAGGACAAAUGCCCACCAAUCGGCGCCAGCACAGUUAUUGCAACCGAUUCGCACAACUUCUCACCGAGGACAUUUCGUCGAGAACUUGUCAAGGAGUUUGGAUCCGAUCGGAAAGUACCGGGCUUCUUAAGGUGCGAUGAAUUUGUUUUAACUUCUCUUUCGUGUAAAGAAGCCCUUAAAAGGGCUUGUCUCCCUUCUGGUCAUUGCAGUGGUGAUUUGGAUAAUGCCUUUUUCAGAGAUCUAGAGGCUGCAUGGGAGGCUGCUGAGCGAGAGGCGGGCGUGUUGAAGCAGCCCUCCGGUUCGCCUCCCUCCGGGUCCAAUACAGGCGGCUGUGCACGCGUGGAGAUCUCAACCCCACGUCUCGAGAACACGACCUUUAAGGGCGAGAUGCAGUCUCUCGCGUCGGCCGUCCGCGUCCAGCAGCAGGUGGCCGCACGCCGUUGUCCAGCUGGCGCGACCCCGCGUCGACACCAGGCCCCACCAAUCACUGCGUUUGACGAGGUGAGGGGGAGGCAGGCGACCGAGAGCGCAUCCGCGCAAGCAAACCAGUCAGAUAAGCCUGACAUCUCUGAGCCCACCCUUCAGACAUGCACGUAUAAACACGGACUCAUGGAACUUCCCGAGGCCUAUUCAACACUAAAAAAUCCCAAAAAGGGAAAAAAGCCUAGACCAACAACUGGACACACUGUUUCACAGCCAAAGCGGUAA